UUUCUUAUGAGUAGUGGGGAAUGCCAUUGUGGCGGCUUGGCGCUGUGGAGAAUGAGCGCUAGUGGCGCGAGCAAGACGAGAGCGCGGCGCGUGAUCGUCAUCUCCGGCCCGACUGCCGUCGGGAAAUCGCGCCUGGCGCUGGCGCUCGCGCAGCGGCUCAAUGGCGAGAUUGUGAGCGCCGAUUCUGUCCAGGUGUAUCGAGGGCUGGAUGUUGGAAGCGCCAAGACGCCCUUGGAAGAGCGAGAGGGCGUGCCGCAUCAUCUGCUUGACAUUGUGGAUCCCACGGAUGAAUACACGGCUGGAGCGUUCUUCGAUGAUGCAAGGCGAGCUACUUACGAAGUGACUUCGAGGGGACAAGUUCCAAUUGUUGUUGGCGGUACUGGUCUCUACCUGCGCUGGUACUUGAAUGGUAAGCCGGGUACUCCGAAGGAGAGCCCGGAGAUUACUGCUCAAGUUGAUGCGGAAGUUUCAGCUCUACAAAAGGCGGGUGACUGGGACGGAGCGCUUGAAAUUCUGGAGAAAGCAGGGGACGUCUUGACUGCCAAGAGCCUCACUCGCAAUGACUGGUAUCGCCUCCGAAGAGCUCUCUCAAUCAUCAAGGCAUCUGGGCAGCCAAGAACACGAUUCUCUCUGGGACAAAAACCUGAAGCUAAUAGCGACGUGAAGGAGGAUAUUAACUCUGCUUUAGUUACCGCUCCAGAGACGGACUACGAUUUCCUGUGCUACUUUCUCUACAGGCGCCGCAUUGAUCUUUACAGGGCGAUUGAUGCGCGAUGCGAAGAAAUGCUGGCAGCUGAAAACGCCGAGAGUGGUCGUGGUAUCCUGGCCGAGGCGUCAUGGCUGCUAGAUUUACGAAUCCAACCAGGCUCAAGCCCGCCGUCUCGGGCCAUUGGAUAUCGACAGGCAAUGGAGUACUUGAAUGAAUGUCGAUGCGCUGGCGGUGUGUCAUCCGAAGAACACUUCCUGAAAUUUCUCUCUUCAUUUCAGCAAGCUUCCAGGAAUUAUGCCCGGCGGCAGCUGACCUGGUUCCGUAACGAGCCUCUCUUCCAGUGGAUAGACGCUUCACAGCCACUGGAGAAGAUCCUCGAUUUCCUGACGGAUGACUUCUCCAGGCCGGCCGACGUAAAGAUCGAGUCGCGGGUGGUCCUCUCGCCCGAAGCGAUAGCCAAGAAGGAGCUCUCGCUUUUAAAGUCUUACGUCGCCAAGAACAAGAUCUUCGUGAGCUCCAGCGCGUGCAUCCCUCCAAUUCUGGAAUGGAUCAAACGAACACAAAUUCAAGCAUCACCUUGUCAGGAUCAAGCGACAAACUCACUCGCAUUCGCCGCGAGCUGAAGUAUGUCCAUUUUACAUACACAGAGAGAGUACACAAAGAGAAGAGUUAGUAAAAUUACCAACAAUAUACAAUGCUUUCUCUCAAAAACCCGGACAGUUUUUCUUUCUUCGUUCA